AUGUACUUCGACAUCCCGAAAACCACAUCCUACCUUAAGAGCGUCCUAUCCUGGCUCCCCUCUACCACCUCCUCCCUCGCCCACUCAACGCGCGUCUUCUUCCUACCGGACUUUGUCACACUGCAAGAGAGCGCAAACACCGCUUCGGGGACCGAUCUGAUUGUGGGAGCCCAGCAUACCCACCAGGACGAUGCGGGAGCCUUCACUGGCGAGGUGAGCCCCAAGGUGCUGGCGCAGGCGGGCGCCAAGAUACUAGAGAUGGGACAUGCCGAGAGGAGGAGGCUGUAUGGGGAGACGGACAAGGGUGUCGUGACCAAGGCUGUCGGGGCCGCGAGGAAUGGGUUGACGCCGCUCAUCUGCGUGGGGGAGAUCAGCAAGGAGGGCGGCGUAGAGAAGGCGACGGAGGAGUGCUGGUUGCAGGUCAAGGACGUUUUCUCUCAGCUGCCGAAAGGAUCACCCGUCAUCCUGGCCUACGAGCCUGUAUGGGCUAUCGGAGCUUCGCAACCGGCCACGCCUUCGCACGUCGUGGCCGUCACACAGGCGCUGAGGCAAAAGUGCGCGGCAGAGGUGGGCUGGACAGGUGAUGAGCUCACGAUUCUGUACGGUGGAUCAGCGGGGCCUGGAACAUUUGAGAAGAUCAAAGAGGGCGUGGACGGACUGUUCUUGGGGAGAUUUGCGCAUGACCCCGAGGCGUUCAGGAGGACAGUCGAGGAGAUUGGGGGCGCGAAGGAGUAG